CUCUUUUCUCGUCUCUCUCCAAACCUUCUUGGACCAUUCUCACUUUUUUUCUCUCAACCAAACAUCUUUUGGUUUCUGAUUCAGAGAAAAGAUCACAAGGCCAAGAAGAAUGUAUGUGUACGAAGAGAAUGCUUGUUUUGAUGGCACAAAGUCAGUGGCAGAAGGAGAAGAUGAGGGGUUUUCCCAAAGUGUUGCGCCACCACCCACCAACAACAGCUUUGAGGUUUCCAUGGAGGAUGCCUCGGCCACCAUGGAAAUUGAGCUCCACCAGCAGCUGGCCUUUGACAUGGACCAACAAUGCUAUAACAGCAACAACGACGGCAAUGAUUCAAAUCAGGUAUUCUCAUAUGAGAUGCAGGAGAUGGGGUUCAAUCAUCAUCAUCAGCAGCAAGAGGACCCAUUGCUGUUGCAGCAGCAUCAGGCUGAAAUGCAGAAUGCCCACCAGAAUUUCAGUGCUGCAUACCCUCCAACACCAGACCUUCUCAAUCUAUUCCACUUGCCCAGGUGCACGCCCUCAUCUCUCCUCCCAAACUCAUCCAUCUCCUUCACAAACCCGGACAGCUCGGCCACGGCGGCAUCUGGCAUCUUGUACGAUCCUUUGUUCCAUUUGAACCUCCCCCCACAGCCUCCUGUGUUCAGGGAGCUGUUUCAGUCUCUCCCACAUGGCUACAACUUGCCAGCCUCAAGGGUUGGGUCUUUGUUUGGCGGUGGAAUGGAUGAGAGAGAGGCAAGUGGAGGUGGGUACGGAGAUGGGGAUGAUCAUGGGCAGUUUGAUAAUGGGGUCCUCAAGUUCACAAGGGACAUGGCCUGUAUUGGUAAAGGCAGGGAGGGCAAAGGUACCAAAUCCUUUGCUACUGAGAAGCAAAGAAGAGAACACUUGAAUGAUAAGUACAAUGCUCUGAGGAGUUUGGUCCCAAACCCCACCAAGAGUGAUAGAGCAUCUGUGGUGGGAGAUGCGAUUGAGUACAUCAGAGAGCUUCUGCGAACAGUGAAUGAGCUGAAGCUGCUGGUGGAGAAAAAGAGAUGUGGGAGAGAGAGGAGUAAGAGGCACAAGACAGAGGAUGAGUCCACAGGCGAUGUAAAGAGCAGCAGCAGCAUUAAGCCAGAGCCUGACCAGUCCUACAAUGAAUCCCUCAGGAGCUCCUGGCUCCAGAGAAAAUCCAAAGACACGGAGGUGGAUGUUCGGAUCAUAGACGACGAAGUCACCAUCAAACUUGUCCAGAGAAAGAAGAUCAACUGCUUGCUCUUUGUGUCCAAGAUCCUUGAUGAGCUUCAACUGGACCUCCACCAUGUUGCAGGCGGCCAUGUUGGUGAUUAUUACAGCUUUCUCUUCAACACCAAGAUAUAUGAAGGCUCCUCAGUCUAUGCCAGUGCAAUAGCCAACAAACUCAUCGAGGUGGUGGACAGACAGUAUGCAGCCAUUCCCAUUCCCAUUCCCAUUCCACCCACUAGUAGCUUUUAGUAUUCACUCAUAUCAUACUACACUACGCUACACUACAUAUCAGAUCAGAUCCACGAUGAUUGAAGGAUAUAACACACUAGCUUGUUUAUGUUUGGCUGCUAAUUCAGCUUUUAUUUCUAGACAGACUGUUUCUCUUGAAUUCUGCAUUUUGAUUAUUGGCUACCACUCUCCAUCUUCUUCAACUCUGUAUUACGGCUGGCUGACUGUUUCUCUUGAAUUCUGCAUUUUGAU